AUGGAUACCGAUGCCUUUGAAUAUUUGUUGGCCAAAGUGGAGCCCCUCAUAGUCAAAGAAAAUACGGUGAUGAGGGAAGCUAUUCCAGCUGGUGAAAAACUUGCCAUCACCCUCAGAUACUUAGCAACAGGGGAGACACAGAGCUCCAUCGCUUUCAACUUCAGGGUGGCACAGAAUACAAUAUCCGGAAUUAUACCUGUUGUAUGCAAGGCCAUUACGCAAGUACUGAAGGAGGAGAUGAGAGUGCCAAAAACUCGAGAAGAGUGGUUGAAAAUAUCUGAGGAGUUUUUCAUGCAGUGGAACUUUCCAAACUGCAUUGGAGCUCUCGAUGGGAAGCAUAUUAAAAUUGCUCCACCACCGAAUUCCGGCUCAACAUACUGGAAUUAUAAGCACUUCAACAGUAUUGUGCUGCUGGCACUCAUCGAUGCCAACAUGAAAUUUUUAUUUGUAGAUGUUGGCACAAAUGGCCGCAUCAGUGAUGGAGGGGUUUACAAUAAGUGCACCCUGAAGAAAUACAUUGAAGGCCAUAAACUGAACAUACCAGCAGGACAAUUUCUUCCUAGCACAAAUGUUCCUGCUCCUUUUGUAAUAGUGGCCGACGAUGCUUUCCCGUUUGAGGAGAACAUCCUCAAACCCUAUAAGGGAACACCCCUCACAGAAGAGAUGAUAAUAUUCAAUUACCGCCUGUCGAGGGCUCGAAGAGUAACGGAAAAUGCUUUCGGCAUCUUGGCCAACAGGUUCAGGGUUUCCCAAAGCGAAAUUUUGACUCUCCCUGUCAAGGCAAUAAGUAUAGUCAUGGCUGCAUGUAGCCUUCACAAUUUUUUGCGGUCAAGAUGCCUGGAGCUUUACUCUCCUUUACCGAGCCUCGACAGGGAGGAAGUAGUGAUAAAGAAAAUUUUCAAGGGAAGCUGGAGGCACAAUACGAAUGCAUUACCUCCUUUGAAAACUGAUAAGCGAUCAGGGUCCUUUGUGGCCAAAGAGCGUGCAACUGACGUCGUGCUGCCUUCAACUCCACCUGAUGAUGAUGACUACCAUGAUGACGACAACGAUGAUGAUGACUACCAUGAUGACGACAACGAUGCUGAUGACUACCGUAAUGAAGAUUACGACAACGAUGAUGAUGCUGACGACGAUGGAGGAGCAACGACUUGA